UAUAUGUUGAUGCCAGUGGAAAUAACUAGCCUUAUACUCCCCAGGGAUCCGACAGGAUGAAGCGCUGUCUCGGGUACAUCCUCAUGACGACCAUGGCGUAUGCUAUGGUGACUUACUACUUCAUGAAUCUACAAAUAUCCGAUCAUUCCUUCCGAUCGAAUGUCAUGUCAGAGCCCUCAGACACUCAAAACAUCCCUUGGUGGCGGGAGGCCUUGUGUAAAGGAACAGACCAACAAGGUGCUCGGAUGCUAGAAUUGCCUUGGCUGCAGAGAGACGUGGAGCCUCCUGCGAGUGACAACAAUAUCUUCCUCGUCGAAACAGCGUGUAAAACGACGCCUUCCUUCCGCGUUUGGUGCGCCAUUGAAAGACGCCUUUCAACCGCUGGUCGGAAGCCAACGCAGCAACAGGUAGCUAAGCGAAGAUUGCAGGGAUUCGAAGACAGUCAAAAAAAGAUCUCGAACAGUCAGGAUCCUUGGGGUCACGUGACUAAUUCAUUCGGGUGUUGCGACGACGACGGCGGCGACGGCCUCAGCUUCCACGUGCAGCGCUACCGUCCUGAGGAGCUGGAGAAACUGGCCAAGACGACCAAGUUCUCAAAGAAGGAGAUCCAGCUCAUCUACAGAGGAUUCAAACAGGAGUGUCCUACGGGUCUGAUUGACGAAGAAGGAUUCAAGGAAAUUUUCUCGCAGUUCUUCCCCCUCGGAGACGCCACGCACUACGCCCACUACGUGUUCAACACCUUCACCCGCAACCACCACGGCCAAAUCAGCUUCGAGGACUUCUUGGCAUCCCUCUCCACGGUAUCCCGGGGUACGACGCAAGAGAAGCUUCAGUGGAUCUUCGGCCUCUACGACGUCAACAACGACGGCCUCAUCACCAAGGCGGAGAUGGUGGACGUCGUCAGCGCCAUCUACGAGAUGAUGGGGCGUUCCACCGAGCCGCAGGUGGAGGAGACGUCCGCCAAGGAGCAUGUGGAGAAGAUCUUUCAUCUGAUCGACGCCAACCAGGACGGCGCCAUCACCAUAGAGGAGCUGGCACAGUGGGUAUCGCGCGAUGACACCAUAAUACAGAGCCUCAGUAUGAUGGACACUGUACUCUACACCCGCAGAGAAGCCGCCUCCUCCCCGCCCACGCACCCACCCUCUCCCCCCACUCACCCUUCUUCGCCGCCCACGCACCCGUCGCAGAGUCAGCCAUGAAAUCGUCUGCUCCGCGCGUUUAAAAUUUGGCGGGAAUUUUCGAAUGUGUCUUUGGAAUUUUUUCUAUGACUACGGUUUGUUUUCGAAGUCUGUUAGAUAGAAAAAAAUGUAUACUGUGCUUCAAGACAGUUUGUUUAUUAUCUAUAUAUCUGUGUAUGUUAUUCAUAUGUUUCCAUAGUCAUUACGAGUCUUAAUGACAUUAUCACUGUUACUACUAUAAGCAUCGUUAUUAUGAUAUGGUGUCGUUAUCAUUAUCGUUAUUAUCGUUAUUUAUACUAUCAUGACCAUAGUUUUCAUGAUCACAAUCUUUAUCAUCAGUAUCUAGGACAAUCAUUAUUAUUUCUUUUGUUGUUGAAAAUCACCUUUUUUUUUUGGCUCUUCGUUUUUGAAGACUAACCUUACGGGAAGAGAGAAUACGCCUGACUCGGAAGUUAUUCUCUAAAAUAGUUGGAACGAUAACAAUACAGGUUUGAUAAAAUUAUUACGAGUCUAUCGUGUUUUUAAAAAUGCAUUUGAGUUUUAUAUCUAUUAUAGAAAAGAAUUAUCGUUUCAGUGAU